CGCAUUUCGGCACGAUGAUCCCCCGACUACCAAACCGUUGACAUGCCCCGAUCCGUCGAUUCCUGACUGUGGCACUCAGAAGCUCAGAUCAACCCAGCCCAACUCGUCUCCGCCAAGCUGCUGCUGCCUUGUGCUGGGGUGGACGCUGCUCGGGGUAUUAUCCCGCGAGGGGGACUAUGUCCUCCCUCUGUCGGAUGCUAGGCCGUGUUCGGGAUUAGAUAUAGAGUGCUGCUUCCGUAGAAACAGGGCUUGGUUGAGCUUGAUUGUUCCCCUCUCUCUGUCCUUCUUUUUACACGGUCUGUUGGAUGCCAGAGAGGCUCACGAGCAAUAUGCGGCUAUGGAAACAUGAGUUCCGGGGCAAGUCCCUGAUCAUUGCGAUCACUAUGGCCUCUUGCCAGGCUUUUCUGCUGCUGGGGUUUGACCAGGGCGUCAUGUCCGGUAUCGUGGGAGCGAACAAUCGCUUCGCGCGCGACUUCAACAACCCUGACGCGGCUAUGCAGGGAAAUAUUACCGGGCUCUACGAUAUUGGAUGCGUGUUUGGGUCUAUCGCGUGCUACUUUAUCGGGGAGAGGAUGGGUCGACGGACGAUGCUUAUCACUGGUGGGGCGAUUAUGAUCGUGGGAUCGGCGCUGCUGGCUUCGUCGUUUAGUCUGGCACAGCUGCUUGUUGGUCGAAUUGUUACCGGGAUAGGCAAUGGGAUGAACUCGUCCACUGCACCGGUGUAUCAGAGUGAAUGCUCUCCUGCAGAGUAUCGCGGUGCCUUGCUCACCCUGCAGGGAACUGUCACGAUUCUGGGCGUGGUCAUCGCGUACUGGAUGGACUACGGCACCAGCUUUACCGAAUCAUCCCUUGAAUGGCGAUUCCCGCUCGCCUUCCAGUCCCUGUUCGCAAUCUGUCUCAUAUUCCAGCUGAUUGGUCUCCCCGAAACCCCCCGCUGGCUCGUGCAGCACGACCGUCACGAGGAGGCGCGCGCUGUGCUCGCCGCAAUCGAAAACACGCAUAUACACGACCAUCGCAUCACCAAGUCCAUCCUCGACAUCCAAGUCGUCCUCGACGAGGAACAAAAAGACGGGCCGUUCCGCUUCAAAGAGCUCUUCAGCUGGGGGGAGAUCCAGAACCUCCGCCGCCUCCUGAUCACCAUCACCAUCGAACUGGGCCAGCAGUUCACUGGAUCCAACAUGAUCAACUACUACGGCCCCGUUAUGUUCGAAGAUACUAUGGGUAUGAGUCGGAACCUGGCGCUGAUCCUCGGUGGCGCUAUGCAGUGCACCUACCUCGUCGGAUCCGCCAUUCCGGUCUUACUCAUGGAUCGCUUUGGACGUCGCUCUCUGCUGAUGAUCUGCUCCUCCGGUCUAUGCCUCUGUUUCGUAAUGGUCUCGAUCUUGCUCUCUUUCGACCGUGAGGACUGCGCAUACGGUGCCACCGCCUUCAUAUUCAUCUUUCAGAUAUUCUAUGGUGUGGGAUGGCUGCCCGUGCCGUGGUUCUACCCCAGUGAGAUAAACACGACCCGGGUGCGGACGCGCAUGGCGGCGAUUGCGUCAGGAUGGAACUGGAUGGCGGUGUUUGCGGUAGUAAAGAUAACCCCUAUCGCUUUUGAUAACAUCGGCUGGCGCACCUUCGUUAUCUUCGCCAUCCUAAACGCUGUCUUUAUCCCCAUGGUAUAUUUCUUCUACCCCGAGACGAAGGGGAUAGAGCUGGAGGACAUCCCCCUCCUGUUUCAUAAGGGUGGGCUCACAGGUGGUGUGUUUACCUCGAAGGGCGGACGGACUGUCGCUCCAGGGCAGCAUGCGUUGCAGGCUCAUGUCGAUCGGAAGAUGGAGGGGACGGUGCAACAGGUUGAGGUUGCUUAG